AUGGAAAGCAAAAAAGAAGAGCUCAAGAGAAACAGUAUCAAUGUUCACCGGAGGUUAGGUACGGACGUCCAUGUGUCGUCGGAAGAUAUGGACAAGGAAAGACGAAACACCCGGGCGUAUGAGUAUUUGUGCAGGCUCGAGGAGGCAAAGUCAUGGAUAGGGGAGUUUACUAUUGUACCUGAGUCAUUUGAAGAGUUUGAGGAAGAGAUGAGGAAGGGUGUCAUGCUUACGGACAUAUGCAAGGUGUUUGCAGCUAAUUCCGUCAAAAAUGUUUUUGUUGAUUCCACCCUUCAGUAUAGGCAUACAGACAAUAUCAAUUAUUUUCUAGAUGGGAUAACGCGGUUUGGGUUGCCUGAAUAUUUCCAUUUCGAGGUGAUUGAUUUGUAUGAAAAGAAGAACUUUGUCAAGGUUAUCUACUGUAUACAUGCGCUGGCACACCUUUUGAGUUCAAAAGGGAUCUCUAGAAACAUCAGGAGCGCCAAGGGGAAGAUAUUUUCGCAGGACGACAUGGCAAGGGCGGAUGUCCAGGUUGAGAAGGUGCACAUGCCUAAGUUUGAUGACAUUGGUGAGGUGCUGAAAGAGAAGAUGAGCAUGGAGGCAAUAGUAGACAAAGAAGAAGAUGGCAUGAAAAAGGAGGCUUUGGACCAAAGGAAGACGGAAGAGAGGGAGCAGUCUGAGAAGGAGGGAAGCUUCUUAUCCGAGGAUAUAAGUAUUUGCAACGAAUCUUUUGAUGUCCUCAAACUGACCCUGAAGACCUUUCUGUACAAGAAGUGCUUUGACGACAUCUAUUACAGAAAAGACGUGUCCUUGUUCUCCAUCAGAAGGUUUGUGUUCAUUUUCUUCAGCAAUUCAUCUGAGAUGAUUAAGGAAAAUCUCAUUGAAAAUCUUCAUCAUAAGAUAUCGAGGAAGUUUGACAGCAUUUAUGCGAAGGAGGCACAGAUAAAGGACAUCGAGACGAGGAUUAGGCUGAUGGUCCAAAAUAGAAUGGAGGUUGGAAACAUAACCAUCAAGAAUCCAAUCCCAGAGGACGAAGAUACCAAGGACUUUGAGAGGGUGCUGUUGUUUUUACAAAACAACCCCAAGUAUCUUGCAGAGCUUCUUAGGAGCGUUAGUGAUCCAGACACUCUUAUUAUCUCUAUUGUGAUUCCCAUUUUCUCCAAUGUCUGCUCAAAGAAGGAAGAGUAUAUGUUCAUAAACCUUGUGUUAGAAAUAUUCAGAAGGGAGCUUCUUGAUAAUGGUCUGGAUAUAAGAAAGCUCGUGCCAAUAGACAUGUCUCUGGGAAUCCAUUCAAGCACUUUCUUUUCCCUUGAACUGUUUAGGGAGAUUGAGUUUCCGAUCCACCACACUCUGACGUCUGGAUCUAUCUGCCAUAAGCUAAUGGUCAAUUACUUCAGGAUAUCCCAAGGAAGCUUUGCUUUAAGGGAUAGGAUUCUUCACGUUGUAAAGAAUCUCGAAAACAUCGAGGUUGAUGCUAAUCCUGUUCUCAUCUACAAGGCGCUGUUUAAUCAAACUAUAUCUGUGGAUAAGGCAUUAGAAAAUGAAAGAGUUAGAGAAACGGUGCAGACGAGGCUUAUGGUCAUGCGCGGGGUGAUCACAUCAACUUUGGACUUUUUGGAGUCGAGUGUUGAGUCGAUUCCCUAUAUCCUCAGAUAUUUCCUCAAGCUCUAUGGCCCUGGAAUGUUCUAUUCAGAGUUUGUAAUGCCUUUCAUCCUGGCUCCUGAUGCGUUUAUCGAAUCAUUUGAGGUCAGCAAAUCCCUCAGAAGUAAGUGUUUCAUAAUAUCUAAGGUGCUAGGAUAUAUAACGGACAGAUCAACUUACUUCGAAGAAUCUGAUUAUGGAGAAGAGGAGAAGGAUGGAGACAGCAUGGACAGGUAUUUAUCCUUCUCCGAUGGAGAGAAAAAGAACUUUGAGCUCAGGUUCUACUCUCCUCUCUACCCUUUUUUCAGGAGGUGUCGGGAAAAGUACCAGGAAAUUCUUUCGAAGCUCACAAAUGUUUCGAGCCUCGACCACUAUUUCCAGUUUGAGUCGAUGAAUGAGUUAGGGAAGCUUAGACGAGCCACCGUAUAUCUUCCAAGCAGUACUGCUAACCAGCUGAUUACCCUUCUUCUAAGCAAUUCGAAGCUACUAGGCUCUGAAUUGUGCGAGAUUCUUGAAGCUCUCCCUCUGUUUCCUGACGACCAGAACAAAACGCUCUCGUUCACCUUCUUUGGCCCGGAAUGGAUAUGCUCACAGGACCCGGAGAAGAUAGCAUUGGAGAACUUUGUGAGGGGGCUAAAAAAGAAGCUUGUAUACGCCAUAUCCGUGUGUAAAGGAAGAAAUCUGGUGGAGAUGCUCCUAAGGGAAUCGGAUGAAGACGAAAAGGCUCUCUACUUGGAGAUGAAGAAGAGCAGUUUUUACAACAAUAAGGAUGAGGAAGAUGAAGUGUCGAUUGCAUCUCCCCCAAUACAAUAUGAAACUGUUGAUCACCUGAAGGAGUCUAUCAUCGACGAUCUAAACUUCUUGGAGGACAAGGAAAUCACCAGCAGGCACAAUCUAUACUCUGAGCUCCUCUUCAUGCUAGCCCAGGACAUAGUCAUUUUAAGAUUUAUGUCUGAAGAAAGGAACAAGGAGCUCAGGAUAAAUGAGAUUAGCUACGAUAAUCUGUGCUACAGAGACGACUAUCUAUCCAGCAAGAUAGAGCUUUACCAAAACUAUCUUAACUCCUUUGUUGCAAAGCUGGCCGUCAAGAAAAAGUCUUUGUUUGGGUUCAGUGGGGUUGACGACAUCACUAGGGACUCUAAGUAUGGAACACAUAAGUACAGUGCGGAAAAGCUGAUGGGCAUGGGCGUACUGGUCCAGAUAUAUGACUCGCCUGAUAUCUCUGAAAUCUUCUUCCUAUUCCUUUCGGACUCUCCCCUUCUUUUCAGCGUGGAGAUUUACGUUCAGAACAUCCUUGUUUCCCAUCCUGUUUCGUUCAGGUUUGAUGACCUUCUCAAGCUAAAGAAGAACGGGAACACCGUUUGUGACAUAGCAGGGAUAUGUUCGUUUAGUGUGUGCAAGUUCAUCAACCUCGUAAAUUCGAAGUAUGUUGGAAGCGAAGUGUAG